AGACAUCUCCGGGUGCAAGUCGGCCAAACCACAGGGCAGAAAGUGACACCGCCUGGAUCUUCACUGAUUAGAAAUGUCAGGCUCCCCUCUCUCGGAAAACACGAGUGCCAUUUCAAAGAUUAUUGGAUGAAAGUCUCAUUUGCCCUUGGCUGCCAAAGAUGACGUUGCCAUGGAAACAGCUUCUACUGUUAUCAAUCAUCGACUGUCUGGCAGAUUGUCUGGACAGUGGCUCAUACCAUGGUCCAAGAUGGAGAAUGGAGCCAGGUGACUUGUUCAUUCCUGUAGACUCCAUAGAAGAAGAAGCUACUCUAACCUGUGAUGCAAAGGGAAUCCCACCUCCUCAGUACAGAUGGUCAUUGAAUGGGACUCUCAUAAAUCUGGGCCUGGAUCGCCGGCGGCGUCUGUCCGGGGGCAACCUCAUUAUAAGCAGUCUGGACCGCUACCAGGAUGUAGGGAUGUACCAGUGUAUGGCGUACAACACUGUAGGAGCCAUCCUCAGCAGGAGAGCGAGUCUGCAGUUUGCCUACUUAGAUCAUUUCAAAGUCCACACCAGAAGCGCGGUGUCAGUCCGAGAGGGACAAGGAGUGGUGUUGCUCUGCGGGACACCCACUUCCUCAGGAGACCUGACUUAUGCAUGGGUCUUCAAUGAGUACCCAUACUUUGUUCAACAAGACAACCGGCGUUUCGUCUCCCAGCAAACAGGAAACCUUUACAUUGCCAAGGUGGAGCCCUCUGACGUGGGUAACUACACCUGUGUCGUGAUGAACAGCAUCACAAAGGGCAAAGUUCACAGCUCGCCCACGUCCCUGAUCCUGCGGACAGAUGGAGUGAUGGGUGAAUACGAGCCGAAAAUAGAAGUUAAUUUCCCAGACAAUGUACCCGCCGCAAAAGGAUCAACAGUUACGCUGGAGUGUUUCGCCCUUGGGAACCCCGUGCCAGAGAUCACCUGGAAGAGGGCUAACGGCGUGCCCUUCCCCAGCAAAGUCAAAAUGAAGUACUCCAAUGCCGUGCUGGAGAUCCCCAGCUUCCAGCAGGACGAUACAGGAGGAUACGAGUGUGUGGCGGAGAACAGGAUGGGCAAGAACACAGCCACUGGUCGACUGGCCUUCUACGCCAAGCCUCAGUGGAUCCAGGCCGUGAAGGACACGGCCCUGGCCAUAGAGGAGAGGCUAUACUGGGAGUGCCGGGCCAAUGGGAAGCCCAAACCCUCCUACACGUGGCUGAAGAACGGCCAACAGCUUCUCUCAGGGGACAGAAUCCAUGUGGAGGAUGGAGUCCUGUCGGUGUCAGUGCUGACACUAUCUGACGCUGGCAUGUACCAGUGUGUGGCUGAGAAUAAACACGGCGUCAUAUAUUUUGCUGCUGAACUAAUGGUUUUAGCCUCUCCUCCAGACUUCACAGGGAACGUCCUCAGAGCUUUGCUCAAAGCCAAGGCAGGAACUACUGUGACGUUAGAGUGUAAACCCCAGGCCUAUCCCAUCGCCAGCAUUUUGUGGAAGAAAGGAAACCUGCCCAUCCACACCAAUGACAGGAUCACACUGUCCCCGGAUGGAACGCUGAGGCUUGCCAACGUGAGCAAGUCUGAUGCAGGCAGCUAUACGUGCUUCGCUCGGAAUAGAUUUGGCAUGUCGAGUACAACUGGAAGGCUCCUUGUUACCGAUCCAACCAGAAUCACCCAGGGACCGGUGGACAUGGAGAUCAUUGUGGGCGAGAGCAUCGUGCUACCCUGUCAGGUUGCCAGUGACCCCGUCCUAGACGUUUCUUUCUCCUGGGCCUUUAACGGACAGCUCAUCUCCAAGGGAGACGGUCACUUUGAGCUCGUGGGUGGGAGAACAGCAGGAGAUCUGAUGAUCAGGAACAUUCAGCUUUACCAUGCCGGCAAAUAUAUCUGUGUGGUGGACACGGACGUGGAGAGCUUGUCAGCCGUGGCUGUAUUGAUUGUGAAAGGUCCCCCCAGCCCUCCAGACUCUGUGACGGUGGAGGAGGUGACAGACAGUACAGCCCAGCUGGCCUGGAGCGCCGGCAGAGACAACGGCAGCCCCAUCACCAAUUACCUCAUCCAGACCAGGACUCCCUUCACUGUGGGCUGGCAGAGGGUUAACACAGUCCCUGAGAUAAUCGAUGGGAACACGCUGACAGCCACUGUGGUGGACCUCAAUGCCUGGGUGGAGUAUGAGUUCCGGGUUUUGGCCAGAAACAGUGUUGGGGUAGGAGAACCCAGCCCUGUGUCAGUCAAGACCAGGACAGAGGACGCAGUUCCUGAUGCAGCGCCAGGUGACGUGGGUGGAGGAGGCGGAAGCAGAUCUGAACUGGUCAUCACAUGGGAGCCUGUCCCCGAAGAACUACAGAAUGGUGAAAGCUUCGGUUACAUCAUUGCUUUCCGCGCCUUCGGAGAAGUUAGCUGGACUCACGUGGCCACCUCUGCCCCCGGCGCGUCGCGCUACGUGUACCGCAACGACAGCAUCGCGCCCUUCUCUCCGUUUCAUGUCAAGGUUGGCACUUACAACAGCAAGGGGCAGGGUCCCUUCAGCCCCGUGGUCACCAUCUACUCUGCAGAGAUAGAGCCAAGUGGGAUGCCAGCGGGAGUCUGGGCCAGAAGUGUCUCAGCCUCUGAGAUUGAGGUGAAUUGGCAGGCUCUCUCCUUCACCCCUGAAAGGGUUCUGGGCUAUGAGGUGGUUUACUGGGAGGAUGACACUAAACCAGAGACCAUGGGGAAGGUUAGGGUGCCUUGGAACCAGACCUCGGUCACAGUGAGCGGCUUGGCAGGAAACACGCAGUAUUUCCUAACGGUCAGCGCUUUCAACACAGCGGGCACCGGCCCCUUCCUCCCCGCAAUCAACGUCACCACAAAAAAGCCACCACCGGCCCAGCCGCCGCUGAAUGUCGAAUGGACCCUAAUUGGCUCACAGCUGUCGCUUUACUGGGAACCUGUGGUGGCGAUGGAUUCAGAGUCAGAAGUUACAGGUUACCAACUGUCAUACAGGAGACAGAGACACAAAGAGGUAAACACGCUCACGACAGCCAAUUCAACAGCGGAGCUGACCCUCGCCGAGGAGGAGGACGACUACAUCAUCCAAAUUCAGACGCUGAGUGAAGGAGGGCUGGGCCCGGCCUCGGAUCCCAUACGCAUCCACCAACUGAGUAUGAGUGUCCGCGGCUCGAGAGCCAGGAGUUUGGACAUCUUCCCCCUCUCCCUGCUCCUCGCCAUCGCAAUAUCAACAUUCAGGUCAACUUCGUGACACAAUGACAAACUCUGCUCUGUUUUUCAAACUUCUUAUUGGUUCUUUUUUCUUAAAUUCGUGAAAAUUGCUGAGUUUUUCACAUUUUUGGAGGUGA